AUGACUUCACACCCAGAGUACAAUCAAUACACGACGGCAACAGAGGUCGCAAAGGCAUUUAUGGUCAUUGUAGGGGUAUCGCCUCAAAGUCUCGGUGAAUCAAUGACCACUGCCCUGGCCGCUCAGUCGCCUUCACUCUUGGUGUUGGCUUCUCGAACAAAGGCGAAGAUCGAGCAGGUAGCUGCCAAAGUGAAGACCGACCAUCCGACAGUGCGGCUUGGAAUUGUCGAAGUCGACUUGUCGUCUCUCGAUUCCAUUCGCAAGGCUUCCAGGGUUAUCCAUGAUCUGGUAGAUCGAAUCGAUAUCCUCAUUAACAACGCAGCUGUGGUCAUGUCUACGCACGCGUUCACGACGGACGGUCUCGAACUUCAGUUCGGAACGAACCACAUUGGUCCAUUUCUCCUUACAAAUCUCCUGAUGCCCAAACUUCUCCGAGCGGCGCAGAACUCAACGAAGGGGUCGACGAGAGUCAUCAAUCUUACUAGCCAGGGGCAUAUAAUAUCUCCAGUACGAUUCAGCGACCACAGUUUCCGUAAACGACCAGAACAAAUCCCUGCCGAGGAGCGACCAAUGUCAAGGCCGAAUGUGUCGUUCGACCCGCCUGCAGGGCAGACUUAUGCUCCUUUCGUGGCCUACGCCCAAUCAAAAACUGCGAACAUCCUCUUCUCGCUCUAUCUCAACCGGUACCUUGCAAGUGCAGGUAUACAAUCGAUCGCAACGCAUCCAGGGUCUAUUUGGACGGAUCUUUCUCGUAACUUGGACGAGAAGGAUGUGUCACUGAUCGAGAAGACAGGUGGGUUUUGGAAGGAUCUGGACCAAGGUAGUGCAACCACACUGGUCGCCGCGCUCGAUCCCAAGCUUGUGGAUCCGGGGGUCAUCUACCUGAGCGACUGCCAAGUUGCAGAGCCUGCAAAAUGGGCAAAGGAUGAGAGAGCGGCCGAGAGACUCUGGGAACUGAGUGAAGACAUUGUUGGGCAGAAGUUUGAUCUGGUUGCAGGGAGCCGACUGUGA